UCAGGUUCACGCAAUCUACAGCAACUGUGGCUGAAUGCUUCAAUCAUUUCUGUACCAUCGUGGUAAGUGGGACCCACCAUUUACCAACAAAUUGACACAAGAUUCAACUUACCAAAAAAAAAAAACCCGUUUUGUUAGAGUGUUUCUUCUAAAACUUUGUUAUCCUUACAUUUGCAUGAAGAAGAAUUUAGAUGCUAAAUAUUGUCUCAUUUCUGGGUAAGCCGAAAAACGUUUCAUUUUCUUUGUGAGAUUUUCUUAAGACUGGUAUCACCAUUCUCGAAUAAUUCUGCAUGCUAAGAUAAAUUCACUGCAUAUAGCGAUGUUUGUUGAAAUUUAAGAAAAGAAAAUUAUGUGUGUUUAGAUAUUAGUGUGUUUAAGUAUAACUGCAUGUUUAAGUUUUACCGUGUUUAAGUAUUAUCGUGUGUUUUCGUAUUCCCGAGUGGACGAGACAUCUUAUAGGACAGCGCUGCUAGAACUUUUCCGCUGGACGGAUCGGCUGGAGUGAUCAACGUUGGCGCAGGAAUCGUUCGCUAAUGUUAUGAAUAACCUGUUAUUGUUUUUUUUGGAAUGGUUUCUGGACGGCCCGCAGACCAAUGGCAGUCCACGGAAACUGGACAACGAGACCGCGGGGACAUACGUUACUGUUUUGUUUUGACUUCUUUAGCGCUAGAGCAUGGGUAACAAAUUUUUUUUUUAACAGUGGACCAUGUAACUGAUAAUAGGACGAGCGGUGGCCGCAUAAUCAUUCUGUGCAAUACUUGCAAGCCAGAACGAAAGCUGUUGGGGGGGGGGGGGAGCAAAAAAAAGAAAAAAGAAUUCCGUGUAAACCAUGGGGGAUGGGCGGGGGAUGAAAAAAAAAAAAAAAAAAUAACGAAAGCUGUUGGGGGGGGGGGAGACAAAAAACGUAGUAAGUAUUCCGUGUUAACCAUGGGUGAUUGGCGUGCGAUGUAAAAAAAAACAAAACAAAGACAACCAUCAUAUUUAUUUACUAAAAAAUUAAUCAACAAAGGCGACGUUAUUAAAAAGAUAGUUACAUCAGACCUAGUGUGCACAUAUCCGAAUCUCACAAGCUAAAUUGCAAAAAAACAAAAAAAACAAAAAAACAAACCCAGAAUAGUUAGAUUUGUGAAACUGACGUUUGGCUUUCAAUAUAUCAACAAUGUGUGGUUUGGAAUUGCUGCAUCCAAUCAGGGGCAUUGCUGCAUCCAAUCAGGGGCAUUGCUUUCAAAUGUUCAUCAGUCAAUCUCGUACGAUGUGUUGACUUAACCUACCUCAUUUUUUAAAAAAAAAAUGUUUGCUCCAAGAUAUAAGUUAUUCCACUAGCCGGGGAAGGAAUUGGGAGAGUUCGACAUUAGCAUAAAUUACAAAAAAAAGAAGAAAAUAUAUAUAUACAGUUACAAUAAUCUAAAGCUGAUAAUGGUAAAUUUAAGGCGCAUUGCAGGCAGGAGGUCUCCAAACAUGUGAAAAUCUCCUAGUAUUCGAAAUUUAAAUUUAAAUUUAGUAUUUAAAUUUGAAUUGUAUCACAACUAUCGUGUUCCAUAAGUUUUAUCAAGCAAAUUCAAGUACCGUCGACGGGCCUGAUGAACUGGCGUCGCUUGCCGGAUCCGGCCCACGGGCCGUAUUUUGGUUACACGUGCCGUAAAGGCUUAUUUGUUUGUUUUGUGAAAUAUCUUAUUGUAACAGAGCGAUGGGACAAUUUUUAUAGGGACAUAAUGGAUGGGGGCGAACGCUAUAUAUUUUUUGUUGAUAUUAUGAACAUAUUUGUAAAAAAAAAAUUAAAGGUAUGUUGCUUUUAUUACCGAGUUAUUAAACUAAACCUAGAUGAACUUUAUGGAUGGCGAUGAAAUACUAAUGUAUUAUUAUACUUAUAUGUAUUGAUCAAAGGGUCGAUGAGUUUGCAAACAAUACCAUGAGAUUAGUGAUAUGGCGUUGUUUCCAACAAGGACUCCCAUAUUGGAGAGCAAUGGCUGGCAGAGUCGUUCUGGAUCACACAACCACAUGAAAUGGGGCAUCACAGAUACAAAUCAACUUAAAGGUAUUAAAAAAGUUCAGCCGAAGAUGGUUCAAAUGAUUGAAACUUAGUUUUGUUGUCAGCCAGCUAUUUUUGAAAAAUUCCAAUUUUAAAAGCUUUAAAACUUUGAUUUGGAACUUUUAAAAAUAUAUAUAUAUAUAUUUAUAAAUUUCCAAUAUAAAUAUCAUCUCGACUGUUGUAGGGCGUCUGUGGGAAGGGCUUCGGGUGGGGCAUUUUGCCAAUCCGUCUCAUUUUUACGUGCGCCUGUUUCGUUCAACGAAAUAAACUAUAUUAGUAUAUUACUCUAUUCGUAUUUUACUCUUUUACUAUAUUAGUAUUUACUAUAUUACGAACUCACAUUCCAGAUGCAUAGUGUGUCUUUGGUUGCUCUUGUGAAGGAGCGGCGAUAAAAGAUCUCUUAACUCGGGCGUUACAAACUCAUUGCCUAGUUUUGAUUUAUGUAAUUACGUCUCAGGCCAUUGAAAAGUUAUUUGGUUUCGAUAUAAAUAUGUCUCUUAUUGAAAUGUCAUUGAUUUCUAGUAUAAAUAUAUAUUUCUAAGCUAUUGUAAGGCCAUGGUUUCAAUUGUAAAAACGUCAGUAGGUUAUACAAAGUACCGCGAGCCAUAUGCAGAACCAGGUCCCAAAAGUGACAAGUAUUAUACAUUCCUGGGUUGCCAAGACCAGGCCAAUGAUCUGGAACCAGGUCCGGGUGUUUACAGAUAAAAUAUAUGCACAUUUAAACAUAUUUUUGGUAUAUUUUACUUGAAUUAAACUACUAAUAAUAAAUGUGGUUGUUGUUCUUCCGUCAAAAUUGACAAGGAACAUCGAGUCAUCCGGUUAGGGGUGAGAGUUGGUGACGGUGAGCUCGUAGGUGGGUUGCUAGACCGAUCCGUUCUCGGAAUAAUCUCUGGUACCGCGGGCAGGGGAUAGUUUCCGCAGUCCAUGAUCUAAUGUUGCCUGCGUGUCUCAGCUGUGGUUAUCCCACUGGCUUCAUGAGAUUGAGCCCCUUUCUUGACAGCUGCUUUCCACCUGACUCUGUUCUGGGCUGUUCUGGGCUGUUCUGGGCUGUUCUGGGCUGUUCUCACCCAUUGAGUAGGGUUGACGCUGAAGGCCUUUAGUGCCUCAUUUAGUGAGCCUAUUUAACGCUUUUUUGACCUUCUUGGAAGCGCUUGCCUAUCGUGAGUUCUCCGAAGAAUAUUUGUUUUUUUUUGUGGUCUUCCAUACGUGCUACGUGUCCCAUCCAACGGAGUUGAGACUGCAUCAGGGUGGUGAAGAUACUAGGUAGGUUGGCUUUGGCGAAGUCUUCAGUGUCAGGAAUUUUGUCUUGCAACAUGAUGCCGAGGGGUUUCCUUAGGCAGGUCGUGUGAAAAUGGUUCAGUUUCUUGGCGUGACGCUGGUAGACUGUACACGUUUCACAUCCGUAGAGCAGUGUCGGGAGGACUGCUGCGCUAUAGACCUUGCUGCGCUAUAGACCUUGCUGCGCUAUAGACCUUGCUGCGCUAUAGACCUUGCUGCGCUAUAGACCUUGCUGCGCUAUAGAACUUGCUGCGCUAUAGACCUUGAUCUUCGUUUCUCGUCUGAUACCCCUCUUGUGCCAAACAGUGCUGCGGAGCCUGCCAAAUAUGGUUCUAGCUUUUGCGAUUCUGGCAUUCAUUUAAUCAUCCACGACGACAGAUCUGGAGAGCGUGCUGCCCAAGUAAGUAAAUUUAUCCACCGGGUUGAGACGCUGUCUGCUGAUGAUGAUGUAGGGUUCAACGUAGGGCUUUCUGGGAGCUCACUGAUAUAGAAACUCAGUAUUUUUGUGUUGAUUGUGAGGCCAACGUUAUUGUAGGCCUAAGAGAAGAUAUCAACGCUGUGUUGCAUGAUGGCUUCUGAUGCAGUGUUGAGGGCACAAUCUUCAGCAGACAGAAGCUCGUUGAUGGUGUUACGAUUGACCUUGGUUUUAGUUUGAAUCCUCCUAAGUUUGAAGACUGAUACAUCAGUGCGAAACCGGAUUGGCAAGCUCGUGGUGUAGUCCUUGAAUGCAUCAAACCGCAUUGCAGAAUACAUAAUACUGAAGAUUGUUGGAACCAGGACAUAGCCCCGCUUCCCACCGUUUGUGACGAGGAAUGCUUGAGAUGAUUGGCCAUUGUCCUGAAACCCGGGCCAUCAUGAAAAUGACGGAUGAUGUUGGUGAACAUGUCUGGGCAUCCGUACUUUUUCACGAUUUUCCAUAGGCCACCUCUAUUGACCCUGUCGAUAAAUGUGGAAUAUAGGUCUGUAUUUUGCUCCUGACAUUUCUCUUGACGCUGCCUAGCAGCAAACACCAUAUCGAUAGCUCCACGUUUUUUGCGGAAACCGCAUUGACUUUCGGAUAUGAGACCUAGCUCCAGAUGUGCAUUCAGGCGGUUAAAAAGGGCUCUGGCCAAGAUUUUUCCUGCAAUGGACAGCAAUGAAAUUUCGCUGUGAUUGUUGCAGGCCUGGUGGUUUCAUUUAUGUUUGUACAGGUGGAUAAUCGAAGCAUCCUAUAGGUCUUGUGGUACAGUUUCAGUCUGCCAGAUGAUCUGGAAUAGAUUCAAUAGCUUAUCCGUAAGCACUGGUCCACCUUCUUUGUAAAUUUCAGCAGGAAUUAUGUCAGAGCCAGGUACUUUGCCAUUGAUCAUUUGGUGGAUUGCGGUCUGUAUCUCGACCAAAUUUGGGACAGCGUCCAGUAACUUUUUCGUUUGGAACUGGAGCAGUCUUUCAAUGGCCUCAUCAUAAAUGAUGGAAGGCGUAUUGAGCACACUUUCAAAGUGUUCCACCCAUCUUUACAAUAUUUUCUCCUUGUCUGUGAUGAGUGUAGAACCAUCGCACUAAGGAGAGGAUAAGAGCCUAAAAAGGUAACUCCAUAGAUUUCUCUCAUGCCACGAUAGAAGUUAUUCAUGUCUUUCUUGUCUGCAAAGCCCUGAAUUUCAUCAGCUUCUGCACUCAACCAGGAAUCUUGCAUCUGGCGAAGUUGCAACUGGACCUUGCUGCGGAUGCUCUUCAGUGCAGCUGCCUUAGCUGUUGACAUUGGGUCAUCAUUGAGGAACUUGUACGCCCGACAUUUAUGCUCAAGUAAAAUUUGGAUUGCUGUGUUGUUUUCGUCAAACCAAUCAUUGUGUUUCCUGGUAGAAGGUCAGCGGCCGGGUUAUACAUCGUCUCAUGAAGUGUGGUCCACACUUUUUCCGCGUCCUGGUGAUGGUACCAAGGCGUUCAUCCUGGUUGUCAACGAGGGUUUGUCUCACAUUAAGGAUCUUCAGGGUACUGAUGUUGAGGAGUUUCGCAUCUUUGUUGACCUGAGCUCGUCUCUUAGUUUGGAUGUGAAUUUUCAUCUUUUAAACGAUGAAGCAGUGAUCCGUCAUGAAUUCUGCGCUGCACAUGGCCUUAGUAACUCUCAAGUCCUGCCGGUCCCUAAUACUGACGAUUACAAGAUCUAUUAGGUGCCAGUGUUUUGAACGGGGGUGCAUCCAGGAGGUCCUGUUGCGCGUAGGCAGGCUGAAGGAGGUGUUUGUUAUUAGAAGGCCGUGUUCAGCGCAUUUUCUGAAGUAGCAGCAGGUUGUUGCUGUUGAAAUUUCCAACACCAUACUUCACAAUCACUCCUCCCCCACUCCUCCCCCUCCCCCCGAAGAUGUAAUAACUGCCAACAUGUGCAUUGAAAUCUUCAAAUAUGAUGAAUUUGUCAGCAGUCGGUGUGGAGGAGAUGACGGUGUUCAGGUCUUCAUAAAACUUAUCUUUGGUCUCUUCUGUGUUUGUCAUGGUGGGUGCAUAGGCACUGACUAAGUAGCAGACUUCUUUCCAUGGCAGAGGGGUAGUUUCAACGUCAUUAGACGGUCAUUGAUACCUUUUGGAGAGCUGUGGAGCUUUUGAUAGCAACGCCAACACGAGCUUCUCACCUUGCGUCAGGGUCGCGUCGACGCCAGAAGAAAGAAUAGCCAGCAAAUCUUUCUGUGAGUUCACCUUUGCCAGAGAGUCUGGUUUAUCUGAGGGUGGCGAUGUCUAUAUUGUAUCUGGCAAGUUCAUGGGCAAUGAGCGCUGCGCGCCGUUGAUGUCUUUUUGUAGCGUUCCUGUCAAGGAGUGGGUGGAUUUUGCAUGAGGCAACUGUAAGUGAAAUGAUGUCUAUCUUUGAUAUUCGACCGCCACAAUUGGAUCCCCUCUGACCGUGUUUAGCCGGCCAGGGUGUGAAGGAGCAGGCAAUGUUUUGGGCUCCUAUUCUAGACCCUUCCUAGUGCAUUUAGGAGAGCCUGCCUUUUGCCACAGGAUGCUGGGUGUUGGAUGACUAAUGACUUGCGCGGGUGACUUCCGCUAAACGAAACUGCUAAUAUUUUCAAAGAUCCUAAUUGUAUUCUUGUUGCUUAUUGUGUGUGAUUAUUAGCUUUAGACUAUUUAUAACACGCUAAACAAUGUCUGCGGAAAUGCGUGAUCUUCCCUUCAACUAAAGCUGCUCGACAAAAACAAGCAUUCAAGAAACGUAUUUAAUAAGAAUCCCAAUCACUGCUACCCCUCCGCCUCCCAUCCAGUUACGUAGCCGCAGACUGUUCAUGAGCUGAACUAAAUUAUUAUCAUGAUUUGAGUAGCUUAUUAGUGUUGUAAAUCAAUUAACUUCCAUUCAUCCUGAUCGCUACUGAUCACAUACCUGCAGUAUUCACUUUUCACAUUGGUUUGAACCCAUUUCUCAUCAUCUAUAGAUGCGUCCUGAAUUGUUAAUACGCGGGAUAGGACCCACCCGUUAUUGUCAUAAAAUACCCAGACCCAGUAAGCAGAUUUAAAAAAAAAACUGACCCGACUCAGCCCUAAUUAAAAAAACAAGGUUCAUUUUGUACAGUUUUUUUUUUCUUUUUCGUUAAACAGCAAUGGUUUCUUUCAUAAAUAUGUUUGUUGGUCGUUUAAAGGCCCUGAGCUUUCUUUCAUAAAUUAUGUGUUUGUUUGUCGUUAAAAGGUGUUUCGUUUACAAAUACGUUUGUCGGGUGGUAAAGGACUGAGGUUUCUUUCAUAAACAUGUGCGUUGGUCGUUAAGAGGCGCUGGUUUCUUUUAUAAAUAUGUUUCUUGGUUGUUAAAAGAACCUGGUUUCUAUUGUAAACAUGUUUCUCGGUUUUUUAAAAAGCCCUGGUUUCUAUUACAUAUAUAUAUUUCUUGGUUAUGAAAAUACCAAGCUUUCCUUUAUAAACAUAAAUCUCUUUGUUACUAAGAGGCGCUUUUUCUACGUGAGCACGACUGCUGGCGAAAAUCACCAAAUCCCUACGAACGGCCUUGACAACAGUUAUUUAGGAAACUCGUAUUCGUUGAGGGUUGUAUUAGUUAUUUCUUCGACCAUUCCCAGCCACAUUCUUGAACUCUGAAGUAAACUGAUUGCUUCAACGGAGACACAUUUCUAUUCAAUUAAAUGAAUAUAUAAAUAAUAUUUUGCAGUUUAUAUCCCGUCCUUGUUUCAUCUCAGUGUCUGAGUCUCAUGUUAAAUUUGCCCUGCAAUGUAUCACAAUCACCAUGUUCUGUCUUUCUGACCAAAAAUCUAUCACAAACGUGUGCGUGAGAAAUGUGAAAUUACAAAGUGUCAUAUUUUCAGCUUGGCUCCAGUAUCUUCAAAUGAUAUGAGCCUUAAGGCCAUCCUUAUCUCAGUGUUUAUUUCAACAACUGGCGGUAUUCAAUGGUUCGAGUCGUCUGAUCCAGGGGGUUAUCCAGCAAGCAGAUAUGUAGAAAGUAUUGGAAAAUGAUCACUGACUCUAUAUUAUCUUCUUCUGUAUGCUGUUACAGGGAAGACAUUGUGGGAGCAUAUAGUUGACAGAUUGUGUCCAGGUGUUAGGCUCUUUUGGGGUACAUGUUGUGGAGUUUUAGAGUAACUAAAACAAAGUCAAUCUACUGACGGCUUGGCCUUUCCCUGGACCUAAUAUUUUGAGAACCUGCUAUUGUGAUCUUGGAAUCAAUUUUUCUAUCAGACAUUUUUCUCCGGGAAAAGGGGGGGGGGACACUUCAGAUUACCGUGGGUGCAGUGCCAGUGGGUAGUGGUCAGAGGAAAACACUCGAGUAACGCCUCUGCCAGUGGCGUAGAAAGGAGAAGGAUGGGGUUGUUCUGCCAGUGGCGUAGAAAGGAGAAGGAUGGGGUUGUUCAUUUUGGUAUUAUUUUUUAUAUACAUGUGCAGCAUUUUUGGACAAAAGCAGAGUUUGUAUUGUGAAAGGAAGAGCGGCAAAAGUAGUAGGCCACCCAUAAUGGUAAUAAUACUAGAUAUGCCACUAGGCAGCGUCUAUAUCUUUACCAAAAUUAAAGACUAUUUCUUCGGGAUUUAGGGGGGAAAUUCAGGGCGCAGAUGAAUCUUGCUUAUAUUUAUAUAAAAUAAAUUUAUAUAAAUAAAAGCAAAGCAAAAAUCAUGAAUGUAAACUCAUCCAACCAAGAGCAUAUCUCCCUGGCAGGAAAUGCACUGGAAGAAGUGGAUGCCUUCACAUACUCAGGCACCAUUGACAUAUCUGGUGGGCCCGAAGCAGAUUUAUAAGCUAGAAUUAUAAAAGCCAAGUCAGCAUUUGUGCUAUUAUAGAAAUUAUGAGAGUUAAAGGUGCUGACUCUACACAACAAAGUCAUAUUUUUUACAUAAAUGUUAAAACAGUCCUACUCUAUGGGGCCGCAACUUUGGAGAAUAACCGUGAGCACUACGUAGAAAGUACAGACCUUUAUAAACAUUUGCCUUAGAAAGCUCCUGAUCAUCAAAUAACCAGACACUCACCAACAUAGACAUACUUAAAAGCACAUUCCAGGAAACUAUUGGUUAAGACCUCAUAAAGGAAACGAUAGAGUUAGAUAAGGCACACUCUCUGCAAACCUCAAGAUAGCAUCGCCAGACAAUCCUUAACAUGAAAUCCAUCAGGAAAAAAAGAAAGAAGAAAUUCCCUUAAAAUACAUGGAGACGCGAACUAGAUGCAGACACAUAAAAUAUGAGAUACAAUUGGAAGCAUCUGGAAAGGAAGCACAGAACCGAGACUUGUAGACGGCCUGUGCCCCAAACAGGUAAAAGGGCAUACGUAAGUAAGAUGAAUCUUGAGCGGUCGUAGGGAGCGAGGUUCUGUUUAUUAUUUCAAAAUUUAGGAAUGCAUUUUUUGAGUAUAUUUGAAUUAAAGGUUCAAUUAGACUUUGUGGACAAGGAAAAGAAAUUUGUAAAGGUCUGGGGAAACAUUUUUCUGCCAUUAUGUUAACUCCGAUUGUUGCGUGCCCCAUGGUCAUCAUUUGGCACAACUUAAAUUAUUCAAAUUGAUCCUGUAACUUUAAAUGGCUUGAAGGAAUGGGGUGUAUAAAUUGAGUGUGCUGAAGACAGCUUCGCAAAUUAAAAGACGCUGGUUUCUAUUUUGGCGCAUACUUGAACUCGGUGCUUCUUUCAGAUACUUGUGAGGUGACCUUUGAAACUGUCGCACUGGAAGCGCCAACAUUAGACAUUUUAAUGCUCAAAAACAUCUUUACCGCUGCAACAGGGGGAAAUGAACUAAAUUCAUUGCAGUUGUGGCGCCUUUGAGGGUAUAUAGUUUCCCUAGCCUCUUAAUUUGUUAAAGCCCCCAGGAAAUGUUUGACCAAUUGAAAAUACAAAAUGCAUUAUAGUAAAUAAUUUAAUUUAGUUUUGCAACAUUCUAAACUUAAUUGGAGAGCAACGAAAGAAAUGAAAGUUUAAAAAAAAUUAAGUGUCGCUUAACCCUAGACACAUCUACGGUGGGACUCGGAUAUUUAAGAGCCUUAAAGAUUUGAUGCGGGCAUUCUCUCUCUUAUAUUUCAAUUCAAUGUGGGGAAGGGCUAGAUUAAAAUGUGGCAAAGGGGGGCCUCGAAAAGUUAAGCGAUCACCCUGCUUGAGUUCUGGAAAAAAUAAUUAUAUUUUUUACUACAUAGUAAUGUAGCUUUCCUUUUUCUCUAAAAAAAAAAAGCAACAAAAACUUUUGUGGAUUAACUAAACGGCUAAUAAAUGACUUUUUUUUUUUUUUAAAAAAAGGUGUUUUUUUCAAAAAAAAACAUUGCUAACAAAAUUUUACAUAAUGAUUGCAAACAAAAAAAAAAAAUUACAUAAAAUAGUUAAAUUUUAAAAAUAUUUAGAAAAAAAAAAAAUUACAUAGUAAUGUAGCUUUCCUUUUUCUCUAAAAAAAAAAGCAACAAAAACUUUUGUGGAUUAACUAAACGGCUAAUAAAUGACUUUUUUUUUUUUUAAAAAAAGGUGUUUUCUUCACAAAAAAGCACUGCUAACAACAUUGUACAUGAUGAUUGCAAACGAAAAAAAAAACUUACUUAUAAUAGUUAAAUUUUAAAAAUAUUUCAACACAAAAAAAAAAUGUUAAGAAUAAAGGUAGACUAUACAAUAUUUUAAUGGGUCGUCAAAACGGAUAAUUUUCAUAAAUCUUAUAUGAGUGGCAUUAGUAUUUAAGGAAGACACGAGUUAUUUACAAAAUAGCAUUAAACAUUUUUUAAUGUGGGAUUUUAAAGGUAGGAAAUCGUAUAAAAAUAAAGUAUACAUUUCCUAGUAUUUAGUUUAUUGAAAUUUUCAUUCAGAAUUUCAAAAUACUAUAACUUUUUUCAGUUAAAUUACAAAUCGUUUCUUAGAUGUAUCUUAAAACAAUUGUGUUUACAAACCCAACAUAAUUUUUUUUUAUAUUGAACAAAGCAGGAAUACGAAUUUUUUCUAAAAAUAGUAUCGACAAAAUAAAAUUAUAAAAUUGGCAUGAUGAUCGAAUUCUCUUUAGCUUUCUUAUAAAUUUUCUUCUAGAUAAAAUAGUUUAUUGCUUUUUUUAAAAUCCGUGCAAAUAGGUGGUGCAUAAUAAAAAUAGGCUACGAAUUAAUUUUAACCUCUGUUAUUCAGGAAAUAAAUAAAUGAAUAAAAACAAUUUUUUUUUUUUGAGGAACUUGAGCUUUUUCAAGAAACGAAGCAGCACAUUGCGGGGCCUCGAUCCAGGGCUGGCACCAGCGGUGGCUACGCGGUUAACCUCUUUUUAAAAAAAAAAUUAUACCAACUAUAGGAAGCCCAUUGUGACUCUAACUGUGUGUUAAUAGCUGAUCACAUGAAAACCAAACAAUGGAUCGCACCAAAUAUGUCUUGGCCAUUGUUCAUGUCCCAUUAGAUGGUUUCUGGAAAGUGGUUUUAUAACCACCUAAUCCAAAAAGCUGUAGUUUUUUUUGUUUUUUUUUUGUUUUUUUUUUAAAAAAGGUAAAUUGUUGAGCGUGAAGGGUAAACACAAAUAUGUUUAAAUGGCUUGGAGCACGCAUUGAAAAUAAGGUUUGAUUCUGUGUUCGCAGUACAGUGUGCUUUUAAAACAGUUUUGCAUUAUUUUUUUGUUCAUCAGAACAUCGGCUGUUUAAUUCAAUCGUCUAUCUAUGAAUGUAUGAAAAAAGUGUUCCAACCUUUAAGAAAUUACAGUUCACAGCGUUGUAUAAGAGUGUUGAAAAUAAAAUUAGAAUUAUGACAUCGUUCAGAAAAGUGGAUAAAGGGAGCUAAGACGCACUAGGUCGUUUACAUUCCUUGGGUUUUUUUUAUAAGCGCCUUUAUAAAGUAGAUAGACUGGAACGAGCUUUUAAAAAAGAACAGCUGAAGCGAAAACAACUGCCACGUUUGUGUUCGUUGCCUCAGGCGUCCCAAACCCCAGAUUCUGAUAGCUCCCCUGAGUAGUACGUCGACCCUUAAUAUUCAGAUAGUGACACGGUAGUGUUACAGUUUCAAGUUUUUGCAAGAAACGGGUCAAUGGUAAAACAGAAAGAGACGAACAAUUUUUUUUUUUAAGUAUUAUUAUUCUUAACAUAUUAUCCUAAUCUGAGGUGUGUAACAUUAUCAGCUAUUCUCGUUUCGAUCGAAUUCAUUUCUGGCGUUCGAUAAGCUAAUCAAUACUAUACCAAUCGGAGACAAUGGGCUCCUUGGCCAUGAUGUUAAAGCUUAAAUACGUUUAGUACAGAUAUAAAAAAGAGGCUUGUCCUAUUCCACAUGAAAUAACUUAUCCUUUAUUUAGGAAUCAAUCAUCAAAGUAAUAUUUCCAGUGGCAUAGGAAUGGCGGGCGAAGGAGGUGGGUGAUUAUCCAUGAGCAGCAAUUUGAUUAUUUAAUUGUAAGGUUGUUAUAUUUUCGUCCAACUUGGGUGCUUGUUGCGUGGAAAGUGACGGGGUAGGGGCGACAAAAGUCUUUGCCUAUCCUGGGCUGGAUACAUCUAGCUUCGCCACUCCAUUUUUUUCAUAGGUCUCUUAUACUUAAUAUGAAGCGAGAAGAAACAACACCAUAUUUUAAAAUUUAGUGAUUGUUGAUUGUCACCAUGCACAAAGAUGAUUACUAAAUCUCAGUAUUUUAGGUGCAAGUCUAUAGAAUCCAUCUGGCAAAUCUGCUUGACUAUAUUGGAUAUGGCAUUUUAUUGAAUAGACAUACACCAUGAGCCGGGGACCCAUGCCUUGUAUGCGGGUGGGCGAGAGAUCCCUAGAUUGCCUACCCCAACCCUUCAUAUGCGAGAGAUCCCUAGAUUGCCUACCCCAACCCUUCAUAUCGAGAGAUCUCCAGAUUGUCUACAUCAACCCUUCACACAGGAGCGAUCCCUAGAUUUCCUACACCAACCCUUCAUAUUCGAGAGAUCCCUAGAUUGCCUACCCCAACCCUUCAUAUGGGAGAGAUCCCUAGAUUGCCUACCCCAACCCUUCAUAUGCGAGAGAUCCCUACAUUGCCUACCCCAACCCUUCAUAUGCGAGAGAUCCCUAGAUUGCCUACCCCAACCCUUCAUAUGCGAGAGAUCCCUAGAUUGCCUACCCCAACCCUUCAUAUGCGAGAGAUCCCUAGAUUGCCUACCCCAACCCUUCAUAUGCGAGAGAUCCCUAGAUUUCCUACCCCAACCCUUCAUAUGCGAGAGAUCUCUAUAUUGCCUACCCCAACCCUUUAUAUGCGAGAGAUCUCCAGAUUGUCUACAUCAACCCUUCACACAGGAGAGAUCUCUAGAUUGCCUACGCCAGCCCCUCAUAUGCGAGAAAUACAUAGAUCGCCUACCCAACCCCUCAUAUGCGAGAAAUCCCUAGAUCGCCUACCCCAACCCUUCACACGCGACCAGAGUAAAUACAGCAACAAUUAUUUUUUUCGGCUUUCGGCGAAGCCUUUUAUAAAAGUGGCUCUCAAACGUUCCUAAUACCACGACCCUUUCAUACAGUUCCUCAUGUUGUGGUGACCCCGCAACCAUAAAAUUAUUUUAGUCACUACUUCGUAAAUAUCUGUUUUCCUAUGAUCUUAGGUGACCCCUGUGUAAUGGUCGUUCAACCCCGAGGGGUCGCGACCUACAGGUUAAGAACCGCUGCAUUUACAGAUAUCAACGUUAAGCUUCGCAACUCAACCAGCCAUUAGGAAACCACUUACAAUCGACAUGGCUGAGCGAAUAGAGACAUUCAAAGCCGCGUGUUAUCAGGGGGGGGGGGAGGAGAGAUCUUAGUUUAAUCCUGUCACUAUUAAAUAGGGGUUUGCGCUUUUACCCCUGCUAUAUUCCAAUGAAAUCAGUAGCUUCAUUCACAGCGACCAUGUCAUCUGAGAGUGAUAGAUUUUAAACCUACAUUGUCACUUAAUUUUUCGAAUAACACAAAGGAUUUGAAAGCAACGGAAUGUUUGAGAUUACAUGACAACUUUAUUGAAGUAGAUGACCAGUCGUCAUAUUCCUUUCAAUAUGUCCGCACUAAAAAAAAAAUAAUAAUCUCCGACAUCACAUGGACUCUGCUUCUUCAAGUUCUCGGUAAUGCAGGGGAUGUUGAACAGAGGAACCCACACAUCUGGGGUGCUGGAGGCGGUGUCAGAAGUUGUGGGGGGGGGGCCUCGAAAUCAUGAUAACUUGCCUUUUUAUGACCAUUUUUAAAUGUAGAAGUAUUUUGUUUUGAAUUUGAGAUGAUGGUGUUGUGUAAAAAAAGAAAACUCCAAAGAAAUUAAGGCCAUAUCAAAUAACUUUAUUGAACAUCAUUUUCUUCACACCCAGAUAAUCUGUACUAUUAUAUUGUGGACUCUCUCUCUCUCUCUCUCUCUUCUUCUCUUUCCCUUCUCCAUCCCUCUCGCUCGUCCUUCAUCUACUUCUCUUCGCCUCUCUUCCGAUCUUACUCUCUCUCUCUCUUUAUCUACCUGCCUCAUCCUCCCUAUAUCUGCGUCUCUUUCCCUCUCUCGCACCAUAUCUAUAUAUCCUAUUUCUAUCUCCCAAUUCCUCUCUUAUUUUUUCUCUCAAUCUCUUACCCUCGUUUUCUCCUUAUCUCUGUUCUUCUCUCUAUCUUUUAACCUGGACGGACUCCCCUCAAUACGUUGUACUUCUCUACUUCCAUACUCGAAACUUUCUUAGUCUACUUUUAUGAUGAAAUCAGGGUUUCGCUCAUGCUUGCUCAAUCUUUUUUUUCCCCCCUCAUGAUCAAACCGUCAGCCAGUUAUAAAUCCCCACCCUCCCCAGCCGUCCAAAUAAGCCUCGUUGGAAUGGCGUUGUAUUCUUUCUUUCACCCUUGGCACGCUUAGGGAACAGAAGCAUCUAAUUGCAAAUCCCACGUGUGAGAAGAUCGGCCUGCAAUUUCAUCUACCUCGUUUGAAGUUGCAAGAAACCACAGCCCUUUAGCAGUUAGAUUUGGGGGCUAAUGUCCGAGGCUUGAUUUUAAGGAGUCCACCCAGCUCUACGCAUUCACCUACCCCACUGCCCUAAAAAAACUUUUGAUGGCAAUCAGAGGAGGCCCCAUUUCUAAAAUAGAAGUAGCCUCAAGCAUUGAGCGUUCGGUCCAGAUCAUCAAAAAUAUAUAAUGAAUUGACAAGAUAAUUUGUAACUAUCAGAAAACACGUAUCUUACAACAGAGCAGUAAGUAGUAAUGAAGAAAUGUUUCAGUUACUACCGCAGGUCAGUCAUCCAUAGCCAUUAGAAACGAAACAGUAAAUGUUAUAUGCAAAAGUGGAUAUAAUACAUUCCUAUAAUCAUUUGAAAUUCCAUUCUGUAAGACGUAUAUUUUUAUUAAACUUUUUUUUAAAAUUUGAUGUAAAUAAAAGGUACUUUUCUUUCUGAAAAAAUGGUUUACAAUUUCUUUUCAAUUACAUAUCUGUGUAUAUGAAUGAACAUAUUUACCAUUGUGGCUGAUUUGCUUUUGCUGGCAUCCGUCCGUCACUAUAUGACGACGGUGUGGGCUUCGGAGGACGAAAUCUACAAGGCCUGGGAAAUUCUUCAAGGAUUUUUCAAGUAUAACCCAAGGGAAAAUCAUUCGGAUGAUACAGCUUGGCACCAGUGGCGUAGUUGGAGUUGUCGGAAUGUUUUAUUGUAACAAUGUUAUCCGCCUUUUGGGACUCCAUCUCCGAGUUUGAUUUCAGAGUUUCCUUCUCUUAGAUGAGUGGCCAUCCAAGGUUAACGAUUCCCAUCUACCCGGGGUGCUGGUGAUGUUUUUGCUUGACUGGGCUUUGGCUGGAAUAGAUCUCAGUUUAGACCACUUAGCCACCCAGCAAAUAAUCUAUUAUUUGAAUCUAUCAUUAAAUCACCUAGUCGCGAGCAGGUGGUAACUCAUAAGAGAGUCAUCAUUUCAACACAACUCUAUGUUUUUCUAGCUGGCAACCAACAAACUCCUUUUACACGAUGACUCUUCUUCUUCUAGUUUUUGAGGGCCCACGAUCAAUGAGUUGGUUACUCUGGCUCCUAUAUUUUAGGGGGUGUGCGAUGUUACUCUGCAUGGUUUUGAAGGGGUUGCUUCACUGGUUGCAAGGGCUACUCAGCAGUGCUAUUAUGAACUGUGGGUUGGAAGAUAUUAGGCAAUAGACGCAAAUGUGUCAAGUGUAGUCCCCUCAACUGUUGCUAUUGGAAGCCUGUUCCAGUCCCUUAUUGUCGUUGGCAGCAAUGAGGAGCUUCUCUGCUGAAUUCUUGUUUUUACUAGCCGGAACUGCCUGUCGUGGCCUCGUCGCUGUCUAGGGGGAUAUAGACAAGUUUCUUUUUAAUGCUGGAGCAGUGGACCAGCCCAAUUUUCAUCUAGUAAAACAUGGAGAACCUUGAUUGUCGUAGUCGUUCUUCCAAUGGUGACCAGCCCAGUAUUUCCAGCAUACUGCCAACGCUUGAGGUCUUUAUGUAGCGGUUCAGGGCAAAGCGUGCUGCUCGUCGCUGGAUCGACCCAAACCUGUCCGAUGCUCUUCUGGGUUAAUUGAUCCCAGACUGAAGAUGAAUAUUCUAAAAGCAGCGGCACUUAGGCUUUAUAGGCUUUUUCUUUUCACUUAUGAGUUGCAGAUCAUCAGAUUUUGCCUUAGGAAUCCUAGGGUCUUUUUUGCCCGGUUGCUCACAUUGUUAAUGUUUUUGUCCCAGCGAACCUCUCUUUGAAUCGUAACACCUAGGUACCUAACGGAGGAAACUUACUCAAGAAUAUGGCAUUGCAAUUCAUAAGGGUGGAGUAGAGGGAUCUGCUUCUGGAGACUGACAUGGUCUGGCACUUGACGGGAUGAAAUUCCAUAUCCCAGCUCAAUUCCCACUCUGCUAUCCUAUGGAGGUCCUGUUGUAGCUGGUCGUGGUCAGAACUGUUGGCGAUCAUCCUAUACACCACCGUGUCGUCUACGAACAGUCUUGCUUGAGAGGUCAGCUUCUCGGGCAGGUCAUUGAUAUAUGCUAGAAAAAAACAGGGGCCUCGCACCGAGCAUUGGGGGACCCUUGUCUUAACACGAAAAACGAGGAGGUUGUGCCUCUACCACUACUGCCUGGCAUCGGUCGCUGAGGAAGCAAGAGAUCCAUGUUUUGGUAGUGCCUUGGAUCCCAUAUCUCUGCAGUUUGUGUAAUAGUAAAAUAUGAUUGGAACGGUCAAAUGCCCUUGAGAAGUCCAGCACAAGGAAAUCAGUGUAUUUACUGUUCAAUUAAUUGGUCGUCAUUUCUUCAGCAAAUUCAAGGAGUUGGGUCUUACAUGAUCUGUUGACUCGGAAGCCAUGCUGACACUCAUUUAGUAUAUUGUGGCUUUCUAGAUGAUUCAUGACCGCACCUAGGUUUAUGUGCUUGAAUAAUUUCCAAACUACGCUGUUGAGGGAUAACGUUUGGUAGUUGGCAGGGUCGUAAUGAUCCCCUUUUUGGUAGUUUGGAGGGACAUGUGCUGUUCUCCACUCGGUUGGAGCGUUGCCUGUGAAUAGCGACGAUUGGAAGCGGAUUGUCGGCGAAGAGGCGAUUUCAUUGGCCAAUUUUUUUUAACACUCAUGGUUUGAUGUUGUCAGGACCACAUGCCUUUUAGGGGUUAAUGGUUUUAAGGAGCGCCAGCCUGCUCUGAAAUCUAGAUAUCUUCCAUGACGGGGUAGGCUGUGCUCAUCAUGUUGGUCUUCAGAAGGAACUUAACCUCUCAGUACUCUCUACAAUCACCAAAGGCCGACUGGACCUGCUGAUUGAGUAUGUCCACCUGUGCUUUUAGUUCAGACGUCAAAGGGCCGUCCCAUCUCGGGGGGGGGGGAACCCAAGUGUUUUAUGACUUUGGUGCUUGACGUAGCUCCAGAAGCACUUGCUCUUGACACCCUUGGCCGGAGUAUCUUUCUCUGAAAAGAUGCGGUUGAGGUAGUUCCAGUAAGAUCAGCGCAGUAAGCGCUGGAUGGUUCGGCGAAGCCUCAGUACCUCGGCUUUCAGUUUGACCGAGCCAUUCUUCUUCAUUCGUUUGUACCAGCGGUCUCUCCUGUGUAUGAGCCUAAGGAUUUCUGCCGUGACCCAUGACUGAUUUGUCUUAGGCUUGGUGGUCUUGUGUGGAAUGUAUUUAUUAACAUCAUCAUUAUUGAGUUGAAAUACUUCAUUCACAGCUCUUAUGUUGUCGCGUUUCGCUGAAUCUCAUGCAUGUUAGAUGCAUGUCGUGUCUCUUCUCAUGCUAUCCCAGCCUGCCUUUGCUUAAAUGGGGAUUUCUCGCACAGUCUGCUUCUUUUUUUAGUGCGCACGCUUAAAGUUCGCGGUGUGGUUUGCAGUGGUCUGAUAUCUCGGGGAUGACCUCAAAUCGUGGGAUGAGAUGUGGACUAUUGAUUAGGAGUAGGUCGCGAGUGUUUUCUCUUCACGUGGGUUCGUCAACCAUGUGUUCCCGACCUUGGUUUUUAAUUAUCUCCAUGAAUUCAGAGUAUGGGAUAGGGUAUGGGGACUUGGGCUUCAAGGUAGACCAGUUCCAACCAGGAAAGUUGAAAUCUCCCACUAUAAAGGGAAAAAUCGUUUUUGACUGAAUUGCUCUCUAAAGUGAAAUAUGAAAAGUUGAAUGAAAGUAAACAAGGCGCAUAACCUAUGACAUAAAGUUAUCGGGAAUUUUAUUUUAUUAAAAUCUUGGGCAUCAUAAUUAUUUCCUUUAUCUUGCCCUUGAAAAACGGGGAAAAAAUAACUUUUUUUUGGGUGGGUGCGGCCGAGAGUUUGACAAAGUGUGUUGUCAUUGUCAACGAAUCUAUGUGCCGAAUUUAGGCUCGAUGGCUUUUCAAGAAGUGGUUUAAUUUGCCAUCUGAAGAUUUUGCCACACAGCCAGAAACAAACGGGUAAAAGUGAAAUUAAUAUAAAGGAUUUUAAAAAGGGUGGCAAGGAGGAAAAAAAAAAUGUUUAAGUGGGCCUGACGAAAUAAACUUAAAUUUUCUAAACAAAACAAUUUUCAUUCAAUCGCAGACAUCUACCCUGAACAGUCGUACAUGAAACAAAAUAUUACAAUGGUAUAAGAAAUCAUCGCGUGUUUUGUUAUAGUUAUCAUUUGUAAUAUCCUUUGUGGUGAAUAGUCCAUGCUCCUGGGUGAUCGUUUGAACCUACAUUGUAUAAUAAUAUAUAAUCAUUAAAGUUCGAAAAAUUUUUAAAAGUUGAAACAAGCAAGUUAAAGCUUUAAUUGAUAUGUUUCUUCCUUUUUCAGUUUAACACAGUAAACACUGACCGAAAGAGGGCGUCACAAGUUAUUUUAAGACAUCUGAAAACAAGACAUCAGGAGACAAGGCAUCUGGACACAAGUCAUCUGAACACAAAAUCUGGAUGCAAAACAUCUAGACACAAGACAUUGACUGGAUUCAGCAAGUAGGAGCACACAUAGGAUUUAAAAACGACCAAAACCAAGAAUAAUUGCCAGGGAAUGAUAUGACGCUCAUAGAAAAAUGUUAACUAAAUCUUAUUUUAACUUAUAAACGUUUGGAACUAUUGCGUCUUCCUCAUAUUGUUUGUUAAAAGCUGUUUAAGAGGGAUGUGACUCUGCAAUACUGCAGUGCUGUUGACAACCAGCCUUGGAAUAACACCUCAUUUUCCAUUUGGCUUUACACACAAGAUUUUAAAUGACCAUCUUUGGCUGAUUAGGCUGUAACUUAUAAUUAAUCCCCUAACACCAUGAUCACGAAAAACAUCAGGAGGAUGAGCUCUCGGCGCGGUUUUGGCAUCUUGUUUGCGGCCCUAGUCUUGCCCUCCGUUAGUUAUCUCUCUUUUAGGGUACACUACAAGAUAUUUCCCCGUGAUGAACCCGUGUUCGUCCAGGGGCACACUCCUAAAACCGACUCGCUGGUUAGCAUGACAUCUAAGAUAACCACCCCUGGUCUGUCGACCGUUGUGAAACAACUGAAAUCUACCUUUCGACCUUCGGACAGACCGGAUAUUAUUUCUGCCAUUCCCAUUUUAAAAGAGAUCAACACUGCAAACUCCACAGUGAGAGAAACUAUCAACGCAGGGCCCAUAACUGGAACAGUAAAACCUUCUUUAGUGCCCCUGGGUCCCAAUUCCUCCAUCACUUCUGAUGCCCCUCACUCUAAAUCCGGCUACCUCUUUAAUUCAACCGAAGACAUAUUUAAAAAUCUCACCAAACCCUCGGGUGGGACCACCUUGUUCACCUACAUUCCAGAGGACGAGUACCUUAAAUCCAACUGGAACAACUACACGUCUUCUCCUGCCAUGAGGACUUAUUUAAACUACCCCUUGCUUAUAACCGGGGAGGACAUCUGUUUAAGGGACGUCCCAUUUCUCCUGAUCAUCAUACCUUCGGUCGUGGAUAACAGAGCACAUAGGGACGCUAUUCGAAAGACAUGGCUAGGAGCUGCAGAGACCAAUUCCUGGCCUCAGGCGCAAGUCAGAAAAAAGAUCAAACACAUAUUUUUAUUUGGUUUGAAGGUAGAUAGAAAAAGGGAAGACCUCCGUAUUUUGAAAAACGAAUCUAUUCUCUACAAUGACAUUGUUGUGGCAGAUUUUGAAGAUUCUUAUAGAAACUUGACUAUUAAAAUGCUCGUGGGGCUCCAAUGGGUGCUUAAGUUUUGCAACAUGGCGGAAUUCGCUUUAAAAGUCGACCAAGAUACCUUUAUAAACGCCCCUCUCAUGGUCGAGUACUUACUUCAUGUUCGGGACAAUAUAGAUAACGAUACAUUCGUCGUGGGCUUGAAAUAUAUUCGUAGCAAACCGCCCGUGGUGAGAGGCGGUAGAUGGGGGGUGGCGAAAGAGGAAUUCCCUUUACCCUUCUACCCCAUAUACCUCUACGGACACACCUACGCCGUCAGCAGGGCCAGCGUCGGCGUAAUCGUUUCCGCCGCGGAGCGCGUGAGACUCAUCGCCCCCGAGGACGCCUUCAUCACGGGGAUCCUCACGAAGCUGUCGGGCGUCCCCCGGCUCGACGCGCCCUGCUUCACCGUGGUCGGC